AUCUUCUUCUCUAUUCUCUUCUCUCUCUGUCGAAUCAACGCCUGUUUGGCAAUUGGCAAAGCAAAAGUCACCCUUUUUAAAAUUUCACUUUCUCUGUCUCUUCGCUUACCUCUUUUCCUCUAUCUCCGCCGCUUCCUCAGCCAAUCACCACCAUCCCUCCCUGCUGACUCACUUUUGUUUUCUUACUCUUCGCUAGUACUCUCUUCAUGUGCACAUAAACCCUACAAACACAACAUUUCAAUUCCUUCUGUUUCCUCACUAUCUACUACUAUAUUUCCCUGCCAAUUUUCCCCCAUUUCCUCUCUGGACAACGAAAAUGAAGAAACGGCAUCUGGGUCCUACCUUUAGUCCGCCGUUUCUCCUUCUCUGUUUCUGUCUUCUCUCUGUUGCAAAGUCUCAACAAAGCGGUGACGCCGCCGUUAUGAUUAAACUGAGAGAUAGUCUCGGCAAUCCAUCAAAUAUAGGAUGGUCUGGUUCUGACCCAUGUAAAUGGAUCCAUGUGGAAUGCAACCCGAGCAAUCAGGUUACCAAAAUCCAAAUCGCCGGGAAGGGUUUAACGGGAACUCUCCCGUCGGACCUCAAAAAGCUGACGGCUUUACAGAUUUUGGAGGUAAUGUCAAACAAUUUAACGGGUCCAGUACCGAGUUUAGCUGGGUUAAGCUCGCUUCAAACUCUAAAUUUACAUGAUAACGGGUUCUCUUCGUUUCCUUCUGAUUUUUUCAGCGGGAUGAGCUCGUUAUCGUCGGUGAAUUUGGAUUACAACCCGUUUGAACCCUGGGUUAUACCAACGAGUCUUCAGAGUGCCUCAACUUUAAAGGAUUUUUCUGCUAAUGGGGCGAAUAUAAUUGGCACAAUCCCUGAUUUCUUCAAUAAUGAUGUUUUUCCUACUUUGGAAACUCUGCAUUUGGCCAUGAAUUAUUUGGAGGGUCCAUUGCCUGGGAAUUUUUCACGAUCUUCAUCGGUGACUUCACUUUGGCUUAAUGGGCAAAAGAGUAAUUCCAAACUCAAUGGUACAAUUGCUGUCUUACAAAACAUGACUGGUUUAGCUGAGGUUUGGUUGCAUGGGAAUCAAUUCACUGGUCCAUUACCAGAAUUUAAUGGUUUUGAUGCUUUACAGAAUUUGAGUUUAAGGGAUAAUCAGUUCACUGGUAUUGUUCCAGCUUCACUAGUGAAUCUUCCCACUCUUUCUGUUGUUAAUUUAACAAAUAAUCUAUUACAGGGACCAACACCAAAGUUUCUUGAUUCUGUCAGGGUUGACAUGAUUUCUGGGUCUAAUAGAUUUUGCACUUCUACUGCUGGUGGUUCUUGUGACCCUCGUGUUAAUGUUCUGUUAUCAAUUGCCAAAGGUUUUGGAUACCCUGCAAGUUUAGCUGACAGUUGGGAAGGAAAUGACCCUUGUGCACAAUGGAGGGGGAUUGUUUGUUCUUCUGGAGGAAACAUUACUGUUAUCAACUUUCAUAAUAUGGGGCUUACUGGUACAAUUUCUUCGAAUUUUUCAUCGUUACCCUCUUUGCAAAAAUUGAUUUUGUCAAACAAUUUGAUUAGUGGUACUAUUCCAGAUGAGCUUACAACUCUGCCUAGCCUUUCUUUAUUAAAUGUUGCAAAUAAUAAACUAUUUGGUAAAGUACCUAAGUUCAAAAGUACACAAUUGAUAACUGAUGGUAAUCCUGAUAUUGGGAAGGAGAAUAGUAGCUUAACUCCUCCUCCUGGUUCAACUCCUGGGAGCACAUCUGGUACACCUCCUGGUAGUGAUUCUGAUGGAAAUGGUACCAAGAAUUCUGGUACAGUUAAGAUUGUGGGUUCUGUAGUUGGUGUUGUUUGUGGGUUGUGUGUUGUUGGGUUGGGUAUAUUUUUCUAUAGCAGGAAACAGAAACGAUUCAGUAAGGUGCAGAGUCCAAAUAUGAUGGUAAUUCAUCCUCGCCAUUCUAGUGAUCAGGAUGCAGUGAAAAUCACUGUUGCAGAAUCAAGUGCCAAUCCUAGUGCUACUGCUACAAGUUAUACUGAUAGUGGACCUAGUGACAUUCAUGUAGCUGAAACUGGGAGUAUGGUGAUCUCGAUUCAAGUUUUGAGAAAUGUGACUAAUAAUUUCAGCGAAGAGAAUAUAUUAGGAAGAGGUGGUUUUGGAACUGUUUACAAGGGAGAACUGCAUGAUGGGACAAAAAUUGCAGUGAAGAGAAUGGAAUCAGGAGUGAUAAGUGAAAAAGGUCUGGCAGAGUUCAUGUCUGAGAUUGCAGUGCUCACUAAAGUCCGUCAUCGUCACUUGGUUGCACUUCUUGGGUAUUGCUUGGAUGGAAAUGAGAGACUUCUUGUUUAUGAAUAUAUGCCUCAGGGUACUCUUAGUAGAUUUCUAUUUGAUUGGAGGCAACAAGGGUUGAAACCACUUGAAUGGACCAGAAGAUUGAGCAUUGCCUUGGAUGUUGCCAGAGGGGUUGAAUAUUUACAUGGCCUUGCGCAUCAAAGUUUUAUUCAUCGUGAUCUGAAGCCUUCCAACAUUCUUCUUGGGGAUGAUAUGCGGGCCAAGGUUGCAGAUUUUGGACUGGUCCGACUUGCUCCUGAAGGCAAGGCCUCAGUUGAGACAAGACUAGCUGGAACUUUUGGGUAUCUUGCACCGGAGUAUGCUGUGACUGGACGAGUUACUACCAAGGUUGAUGUGUUUAGUUUUGGUGUUAUACUAAUGGAGAUGAUUACGGGAAGAAAAGCACUAGAUGAUACCCAGCCCGAGGAUAGCCUGCACCUUGUUACUUGGUUCCGUAGGAUGCACAUCAACAAGGACACUUUCCGUAAGACUAUUGAUCGUUCUAUUGAGCUUGAUGAGGAAACAAUUGCCAGCAUUAGCACAGUUGCUGAGCUAGCUGGUCAUUGCACUGCUAGGGAACCCUACCAGAGGCCUGACAUGGGUCAUGUUGUUAAUGUUCUUUCAUCUCUAGUUGAGUUAUGGAAACCGGCAGAACCAGAUUCUGAAGACUUAUAUGGGAUUGACCUUGAAAUGACCUUGCCUCAGGCACUCAAGAAGUGGCAAGAAAUUGAGGGAAGUGAGGUUGAUGGAUCUUCAAUAUUUACUCCUAGUGCAGAUAAUACCCAAUCCAGCAUACCUACUCGACCAGCUGGCUUUGCCGAAUCAUUUACAUCAACCGAUGGCCGAUAAAUGAAGAAAAGAGAAGUUAGAGAUAUGAUGCGAUUGCCUUUGAUUCGUUUGUUUUGUUUAUUCCUGCUGCUGCUUGCUGCUUGUUCUUUUAAGGUUUGCUAUCUCUAUGGAUAUUUUACUGAUGUUUUCUUCCCCCUUGCCCCUGUAGUUAAAAAGUCAAUACAUUUUUCUUGAGUUCUUUUAGAUGCUAGAAAUUGCAAAUAUGAUUCUCUUAAGAAUGAGAUUAUAUAUA